AUGGCCGAGUCACCCGCCCAUACCGCCCUGCUCACGCAAAAUCCAGCUCAAAAUCCCAAGCCAAAGCCCCAACAAAAACCUCAGCAGCCUGGAGAGCCCAAGCCGAAGAGCGCCAAAGAUCUCAAGAAGGAAAAGCGAGCUGCUGCUGUCGCCGCCCGAGCUGUUGAGGACGGUGCUCAAGGUGGGCCCUCUGGCCGACCUGCCGCUGGUACCCAGGGCGAAGGCCGCAGCUCGCCUGUGGUGUCUCUGAGCGGCCAGUCGAGCAGCACGGCUCCCGCCUCUGCCGGACACUCUGCCGGCUCUUCUGCGCUCCGCCGGCCUCCCAAUGCUUCUGAACCCUCCGCUCCGACGAUAUCCACCAUACAACAAAACCUCUUCUUCUCCCAUCUUCCCCGCACCAUGCCGACCGACACUGUGGCCGCCCUCGACAGCGGCAAGAUCCACCCCAUGAUCAUGCGUGUGGGUGUAUUGAUGAGCAGUGGGCAGCUGAGAGGCGCCAACGCAAGGACUAUUGGCAUGAUGUCGGCGUUUAGAGAGGUGAUCAGAGAUUACGAGUGUCCCGAGGAGGCAGUCUUGUGGAAGGACUUGCCGGUGCACCUGAGUCCGAUGAUUGCCUGGUUGGAGACGUGUCGGCCAAAGGGUGUCGGGGGUGGUAAUGCUAUCCGAUGGCUCAAGAGCGAGAUCAACAAAUUGACGGAAGCCGAGGAUAGGUCGGAAGCCGAGCAAAAAGCUCACUUGGUAGAUGCUAUUGGGCUCUACCUGCGUGACAGGAUAGAAUUUGCCGACCAAGUCAUUGCGGACAGCGCAAAGGAGAAGAUCAAGCCUGGAGACACUGUCGUGACCUUUGCUAGAUCGUCAGUCGUAGAGACUACUCUCCUCGAGGCUUGGACCAGUAUGAGGGAGCAAGAUCCCAAGGCCAGCUUCAACGUUGUCGUAGUCGACUGCCGACCAUUUUUGGAAGGCGAACGUCUCCUGCAGACUCUCCGCGCCUCGGGCCUUCCCUGCACCUACAUCCUCCUCCCUCUCCUUUCCUCCUACCUCCCCCAAGCCGACCUCGUCCUCCUCGGCGCCUCUGCCCUUCACUCUGACGGUGCCUUGUACUCUCGUGCUGGUACUGCCGUCGUCGCCAUGCUCGCCAAAGAGCACCGUGUCCCAGUGGUCGCUUGUGUGGAGACGUACAAGUUUGGCGAAAAGGUUGUUCUGGAUGGUGUGGCGACGAAUGAGCUGGGAGACGUGGAGGGGUUGUUGGAGCUGCCGACAAACAAACCGUUUGCGUUGAAGAAAAAUGGGAAGGCUUUGCCGAGCAAUUUGACGCCGCUUCAUGUGGUGUAUGAUGUGACGCCGCCUUCGUUGGUGACUGCUGUGUGUACAGAGAUUGGAUUCAUCCCUCCCUCUUCCGUCCCCACCGUGUUGGGCAAGUCUUCGGGCGUUGUGUAA